AUGAGGCCCGGAGUCUCCAGGCGGGGCCGGGUCCCACCGGCGGCGGCUCUCCUCUUGACCGUCCUCUCGCUUCUGGUGGGACCGGCCGGGGCCUACAAGCUGAACGCGCCGAAGGUCUUGCUGCCGUUCAGCCACGAGACGCGCGUCACCUUCACGCUGGGCGCCGAGGGCGGUUGCUACUCCUGGUACUCCACGCGCCAUGAUACAGUCACCAUUGAGCCAGUGUACGAGAAUGGCACCGGUUGCUCACGGAGAGCAUUGCUGACUACCUACUCUACCCAGGCUACAAAGUUAGCCAGUGUUGUUAUAGCAGAAGAGAUAGUAACAGGCCACUUGUUGCGUUGUGACGUCAUUGUGGACCUCAUAGACCAUGUGGAGAUCAUCUCCCGAACCCGAGAGAUUUAUGUUGAAGAUUCCCCCCUCGAGCUCAGUGUAAGGGCUCUGGACGCUGAAGGGAACACGUUCAGUAGCUUGGAAGGGAUAGAGUUUGAGUGGAGCAUUGCCAAGGACGAUGAGAUGGAAAACUUGGAGCUGUCCAGCAAGAUUAGGAUUUUAAAAUAUUCCGAAGCAGAGUAUUCUCCACCGGACUACAUCGUCAAGAUGGAAAGAGAGGAGAAACAAGGAGACAGGGUUCUGGUCUCAGGAAUCAAAACAGGUGCAGCGGUUGUAAAAGUCCGAAUGCAGGAGCCGACCUACAAGAAAGUAGCAGCCGCUCUGGUCCGUCUGUUGGUUCUGGAGAACAUUUUCCUAAUACCCUCCCAUGAUGUCUCCCUGUUGGUCGGAGCCUACAUUAAGUACAAGGUCGGCAAAAUAGUUCAGGGGAAGAUCACAGAGGCAGAGCUGCCUUUGGAACAUUACGAACUCCAGCUGCAGGAUGUUGAGAAGGCGCCUGGCAAGUCCAACUUCUCCGUUGCCCAACUGGAUGCGAACACGGCCACUGUCACCGCCAUGCAGCUAGGGCAGGUUAACCUUGUCUUUGUCCAUAAAAACAUCCACAUGCGAGCUGCCUCUGGACUUCCUAAUUGCAGCAUCUAUGUUGUAGAGGCCGGAUUUUUAGGUUUCUCUGUCCAGCCCGGAAACAGGUGGAUCCUAGAAGUGAAACGAGCAUACACCAUCACAGUUGAGGUGUACGAUAAAUCAAGCUCUAAGAUCUACCCAUCUGAUAAUCUCAGAAUAACACACCAGUUUCCAGUGGAAUAUUUUGAGGAGGUCAUGUCUUCGGUGAACGGCACCUACCACAUAGUUCAGAUUCAGACAAACGGUGUCUGUGUAGUAAAGGCCACUCUAGUGUCUGUUCUUCUUCAGAGCGGUUUGGAAGAUUUCUUACUGGCUCCGAUCAGCCACGAGCAAGAAGUGAAGAUUUAUCUUCCCAUCAAGCUGACACCCUCUUUUCUGGCCUUCCCACACCAUCCUCUGGAUACCUUGUAUCAGUAUAGAGUGCAGGUAACCGGAGGCAGCGGCAACUUCACAUGGAACUCUUCCAACCAGACAGUGGCCAACGUCACUGUGAAAGGGGUGGUCAUGGCAGGGCUAGUCCAGGGAGAAAGUGCAGUGCAAGCGAGAGAUGUCCAGAACCCUUUCCAUUUUGGGGAAAUACAGGUGAGCGUGCUAAAGCUUUCAAAGAUGGAGUUGCUGCCGUUCCACGCGGACGCUGAGAUCGGGCAGACCUUGGAGGCUCCGCUGAUGAUGUAUCACAUGGAAAAGGAGACGGGGGAGACCAUCGCCUUCACUGACUGCUCCCUCUUGGCUCUGGAUAUCAACAUGGACAAGCAAGGAGUGUUUGCCUUGGAUGAAGAGGGCAAGCAGAAAGCCGGCCUGACGUUCUGCUCCAGCAUCCAGCUAGCGGCCAAGUCCCUGGGACACACGCUGGUGACAGCCAGUGCCAUGGUCUACGCGGAGUAUUUUGAAACCAGCGCCACCUUCGCCGCUUACGAACCUCUCAAGGCGGUGGACCCCGUGGAACUGGCUUUGGUGACCUGGCAUUCGGCGAAGGAAAUGGUGUUUGAGGGCGGCCCUGGCCCGUGGGUUUUGGAACCCUCCCGCUUCUUCGUGGAGCUCAGAGUGGAGCAGGGGGACAAAGUCCGUGUGAUGGAGGUCUGGUCAACAGCCAAGAGGAAGCCGAACCAGUAUAUUUACCGGAUCACGUGCCUGGAGCUGGGGGAACAGGUGUUGACGUUCCAGGUGGGUAACCAUCCCGGAGUGCUGAACCCCAGCCCUGCCGUGGAGAUGGUGCAGGUGAGGUUCGUUUGCGCCCAUCCUGCCAGCAUGGCCGUGACACCCGUGUACAAGCUGGCAGCCGGCACCCCGCCUUGUCCCUUGCCGCAGCACCACAAGCAGCUGGUCCCUGUGUCCAGCUUGCGGAACACAGUCUUGGAACUAGCUUUGUUUGAUCAGCACCGGAGGAAGUUUGACAACUUCAGUUCCCUGAUCCUGGAAUGGACGUCAGCCGAUGCGGCCCUCGCACACUUCACUCGCCCGCGGUCCAUGCAGAUGGUACCAAAGGAUGACGGGACUGGACAAACCAGGCUGCAUGGGCAUCAGCUCCUAGAGGUGCAUCAGAUCAAAGGGACAGUUCUGAUUGGAGUCAACUUUGUGAAAUAUUCAGAAAGAGGCAGCCCAAAAGAGGUCCCUAACUCUCCCGCCUCUGCAGCUGUGGAACUGCUACUGGUCGAGGAUGUGACGGUGGUUCCCGAUAACUUCACUAUGUACAACCACCCAGAUGUAAAGGAAGUGUUUGCCUUGGUGGAAGGCUCUGGCUACUUCCUUGUCAACAGCACUGCAGAGGAGAUGGUGAACAUCACUUACCUGGAGGCAGAGAGCGCGGUCCAUGUUAUUCCUGCCCGCCCGGGUUCUCUCACCUUGGAAGUCUAUGAUCUCUGUCUGGCCUUCCUGGGACCUGCUACAGCUUAUCUGCGGGUAUCUAAUAUGUUUGAACUGGAAGUGGACCUCAUUGACAAGAUUGAGGUUGGUAAAUCCGUGCUGGUCUCAGUCAGAGUCCUGGGAUACCAACGACACCCCUUCCGGAGUAGAUACUUCACGUAUAUGCAACUCCAGUUGAGGGCAGCCUCUCCUAUCAUUACACUGGCGCUGAUGGAGGAAGUGGGUGAAUAUUCUGAAAUAUACUUGCUCCGAGCUGUGGCUGUGGGGCAGACAACUUUGGUGGCCAUGGCGUGGGACAAGACGGGGGCCAAAUUCACAUCUGUACCUCGGAAUGUGGAGGUCUUUCCACCGUUCAAACUCAUCCCAAAGAAAAUGACCCUCAUUCCACAUAACAUGAUGCAGGUGAUGUCGGAAGGCGGCCCACAGCCACAGUCUCUCAUUCACUUCUCAGUCAGUAACCAGACCGUGGCCACGGUUAAUGGACUCGGACAGGUCACCGCCGGGGCUAUGGGUGUGGCCACCAUACAGGGGACCAUCCGGGCUGUGAACGAAGACACGGGGAAAGUCAUUGUCUUCUCACAGGAUCAAGUGGACCUAGAAGUUGUUCAGCUGAAAGCAAUAAGGAUUUACACUCCGGCCACCAGGCUCGUCACAGGCACCGAGAUGCCCGUGUACGUCAUGGGACUGAGCAGCACCCUGACGCCCUUCUCCUUCGGGAACGCCGACCCAGGGCUGACGUUCCACUGGGCAAUGAGCAAACGGGAUGUCCUGGACCUUCUUCCCAGACACUCGGAGGUCUCCCUGCAGCUUGCUCCAGAAAACAACUUUGCUAUGGUCGUGCGCACAAGGACCGCGGGGCGAACAAGCAUCAAAGUGACGGUGCGCACCCUGGAGGCGAACACCAGGCAGUUUGAAGGGAACCUCGCCGAGCUCUCGAAUGAAGUGCAAAUACUGGUGUUUGACAAGCUUCGGCUCUUCUCCCCAGAGUGCCCCACAGAACAAAUUCUGAUGUCCAUGAAUUCACAACUCAGGCUGCUCACAAGCAGGGAUGGGGCAGCCUUUGUGAGCUCUCAGCUCCUCCAGUGUCACCCCAACUCCUCUGUCAUUGAGGAGGACGGACAUGGCCUCCUCAAAGCGGGAGCCGUCACGGGGACCGCCGUGUUGGAGCUGACCUCCUUGGAACCUUUCGGAGUCAACCAGACCAUCAUCACCGGAGUGCGGGUGGGCCCCGUGUCCUACCUGCGGCUGAGCAGCUUUCCCAAGCUCUACACUGCCAACAAGAUGCCCCUGCGCACCUUUCCCUUGGGUAUGACCCUUACCUUCACCGUUCAGUUCUACGACAGCACCGGGGAGAAAUUUCACACGCAGAACACCCAGCUUUUCCUGGCCUUGAACAGAGAUGACUUGCUCCUCAUCCGUCCCAGUAACAAGAACUACACGUACGUCGCCCAAGCUGUGAAUAGGGGCGCAACCCUGGUGGGCGUUUGGGAUGAGAAGCACCCCGGCAUGGCGGAUUACAUCCCCGUCCCCGUGGAGCACGCCAUCGAGCCGGACCUCUCGGAGCCACUUGCCCUGGGGGACGUGGUGUGUUUCAGCACGCCCCUCGUCAACCAGGAAGGGGAACCUGGGACGUGGCAGAUCUCGCCCAACAAUGUCCUUGAGUUAGAUAUGAUGACCGGAGCGGCGUUUGCAAAGAAUGCUGGGAAAGCCACAGUCUUCCACAAUAUCCCAGGGACGGUCAAAACCUACCGAGAGGUUGUCGUCCGUGGCUCCUCAAGAUUGAGCCUUCACCUUGGUCCCAAAAGCUACCUCACCAACUCCCCGAACGCCUCUGAAUUCCGGGUUUUCAUUGCCACAAGCAACACAGGCACAACUCUUCGAGGUCCUUGCACUUCUCUUCAGCUUCAUGCUAUCACCAGCAGGCUUUCCCCAGAAACUCACCUGAUUUGCCAGGUGGAGUUCAAGGACACCAUUCAAGAUAUUGCAGGCAGCAAAGUCUUUCACAUUCAGUCCGAGUUCUACACCGACAAAGGUCUCUAUGGCUGCAGCAUAACGCCUAAACCCCAGCCAGAGGAGGACCUGCUAGCGCUGAGCACAGCGGACACCUCGGUGUACAUAACAGCCUCGCUCUGCAGCGAGCAGAGCCGAGAAGGGGUGCCAAGGAUCUUGGUUCCCUUCUUCCCCGCCUUUUACAUCAACCAGUCAGAAGUCAUGUUCAGCGGCCAGGAGCUAAGCGCUGAGAUCUUAGUGUUGGGCACAAGGAGGGUGACGGACAAAAUAGAGGUCCAGCCCAGUUCCCCGGUAAUAGUAGUGGAGAAGCCCUUCCACCCCCUGGACAUGCCCGGACUUGUCGUGUACUCCGUCAGGGUGAUCAACCUGACGUCCCUCCAGCAGAUGGCAGCACCCAUCUUCAUCAACCUCUCCUGCUCCCUGACAAGCCAGAAGGCUGCCGUGUUGGUGCGGGUGCCACCGGGCAAGCAUCUGUUGGGUCAGUGUGAUGUGGGAAUUGUCAGACAGCUUGUCGGCUCCUACCAGGUCCUCCUCUUCACCAUCUUUGCUGUCCUCGCGUCUACCUCCAUCAUCUUCCUCACAUAUAACGCUUUCUUGACAAGAAUACAAGAAGUCCCCGUGGUGUACAUUCCCACUUCGCCUCCGGUACAGACAGCAUACGGCUUUCCUCUGCCUCACGGGCAGCCUCAGCACCCCAGCGCAAGGCACAGGAUCCGGCCAGGCAGUGAAAUGUAA